CAUUGCUGUGCGCGGGCUUUCUCUGGUUGCAGUGAGCGGGGGCUACUCUUCGUUGCAGUGUGUGGGCUUCUCACUGCGGUGGCUUCUCUUGUUGCAGAGCACGAGCUCUAGGCGCACGGGCUUCAGUAGUUGCAGCACACAGGCUCAGCAGUUGCGGCACGCGGGCCCUAGGGCACACGGGCUUUAGUAGUUGUGGUGCGUGGGCUCAGUAGUUGUGGCACACGGGCUUAGUUGCCCCUCGGCAUGUGGGAUCUUCCUGGACCAGGGAUCGAGCCUGUGUCUCCAGCAUCGGCAGGCAGAUUCUUAACCACUGCGCCACCAGGGAAGUCCCUACACACAUUUUAAAUUCAAAUAUUUUGUAUUUUGCAAUAAGGUCUUUUUAAUUUUGUUACUCACUUCUCCUGUUUCAUUAUAGCCUUUUUAAUGUCCCUCAUUUAAACUUUAUUAUUUUAUCUUUUUCGGCAAAAUUGACUUAUGGACAAUUAGUUAUGCGGCAAGAAAUGUGGCAAAGGCAUCUGUGGCAAAGAUGCUUACAGUGGAAAUAGCAGACAAGGCUAACAGUAAGCUGUAGGCAGAGAGGCCCAUGUCAGGAUGCACCUGCCGGCUCCUCAGAGGUCCUCCCGCCCGCCUGCCCGCUCAUCACGGGGGCAGAGGGGCAGGAGCCCAGGGAACCCACUUAGUGCGCAGUGAGCGGGCACCCAGGCACCUUCCUCGCUGCCCCGCCUGCCAUGGGGUUGCUUCUGGGGGAGUCACACAGGAGAGGAGACAGCAGCCUCAACCCCAAAACAGACGUGGGAUGGGGAGGGCCACCUCAGCCUGGUGAGGCGCUGAUGAGAGGGGGCUUCUGGGGCACCUGAGCCCCUUGCAGAAGCCUCUCCUCCCCACGCCCAGGCCGCAGUCAGCCGUCUCCCCUCCUGGCUCACAGCUCUGCAGAGUGAGGUCACUGCUGAGGACGUGGCGAACGAAUGUCAGCCUGUGCUCCAGGCCCUGAACGCUGCCUGUCCCUACAUCCCCAGUGGGUGAAAGGAGGUGGGGUGGCAGCGGGCUUGGUGGGCUGUGUCCCAUUGUAGGCCCCACUGUGCCCUGGUACCAAUCCCAAGGUAGAUCCUGGUGCCCACACCCCUACCCACCCCCCCACCGUGGCCCGAGCCUUCCCAACUGGCUUUUCCUGUUCCCGGCUUUGUGUGGUGAAAGUUCCCCAAUUAUACCCACAUUAUCUCAGCUGCUGGGCAGCCUCCAGCAGGCUUGGUGAGUAGAGGCUGGGCGUGUUGGAGGGAGCACCCACUUACCCUGCUGGAAGGCCUAGGGCUUAGCCGCUUGCCAACUGGCCAGUCAGCAGGAGUACUGGGCUUACUGGCCCACUGACUUCACUGUGGGACUGUGUCUGGGGUGAGGCCACAGCUGGGCUGGGCUGCAGUUCAGGGCAUCAGACUGGCCAGAAGGGACCAUUGGCAUCGUGGAGUCCAGCCUGCUCCCUUACAGGGGAGGAAAAGAAGGCUCGGGAAGGGGAAGUGACCCGCCAAGGUGCCAGGGUGAGCUCAAGACGGAGCCGGGCUAGAAGCCAGCCCUCCUGACCCCCUGCUGGGUGUCUCCGGCAUGGUUCUCCCACCAGCCCACAGUGUUCUUCACCGGGGACAUGUCAGAACCCCCCAGACCGGCCAAGGGGACAGCUGGAGGGGUGGGGUGGUGGUACCCCAGGUGGACCUUGAAGGGCUGUGUGGACGUGAGCGGGCAUAGAGGAGGGAACCAUCAGGGAAGCUUUCAGAGCGUGGCGAGGGCCUAGCUUGGAGGGCCAAAGAUAUACUUAUUCAGCAGGCAUGUCUUGAGUGCCUACCGUGUGCCAAACACAGGGGAUACCGCAGUGCCUGGAGAGACCUGGCCUGUACCCUCUUGAGGGGAGGCGUGGGGGCCAGCAUACUUCACUGACCAUGGUCUCGGGACCCUUCAGAAGAGUGUGGCCUGCUCACACCUCCAUCACGCAGAGGCAGGCAUAAGCCCCGAGUUCCUAGUCUGCAGCAGCAGACUCCCUUAGUGGGGGGCGCGUUUAGGCCAUCCCUCGGGCUCUGGGUCAGUCCAGGGCCUGACACUGAUGUUACUGAUGGCACUCAAUAAAGUAACUGAGUGAAAUAAGCAUGGAAGGACGGCUGAUGACAGAGCUCAGGAGCGAGCCCACUGGAGUGAAUGACUGAGCCAAGUUCAGAGUUAAGGAAAAGCUCAAACAGAAGCCACUCGAGAUGGAAUAAAGCAAAAUCGGUCGGGAGACUAGAGGGAAUUUAUUCGUUCAUUCGAUGCCACUGAUCGCUCCCUCCCUCUUGCAAACCUCUCCUCUCACGGCUUCCAGUGCCAUUUGUCUGGCCACAAAUAUUUACUGAGCACCUACUGUGUGCCAGAUAAUGGGCUAGGCGCUGGGGCUCCAGGGAUGGAAAAGACACAGGCGCUGCUCUGGAGGAGCUCACCGUCUGGCAGAGGAGAAGCCAGAGGUGUGAACAACCACAUUCCCAGGCAGAAAAGAGCUGUAAUAGGGUUGGGAGGAUCAGGGAAGCUUCCCAAAGGAGGCGGCCUGAGUGGGAUAUCCAUAGGUGGGAAAGGGGCAGGGCCUUCCAGGGAACGAGAGGAACAGGCCUAGACACGUAGCAUCUACGGCUCUGUGCUCCUUGGAGGCUGGGACUGAAUCGCUCAUUGACGUGACUCCAGUGCUGAUAAUAGACUCAGAAAUUGAUACCUAAAUGGGAAGAGGGAGAAGGAAACACAGAAAUAUGGCACGUUCUGAGCAGGGGUCCAGUCUGACCUGGUUGGAAGGCCUCAUGUAUGGAGAGACGUGGACAGAAAGGCAGGACCCAGGUGAUGAGGACGUCAGAUGCCAAGUUAAGACAUCCAGGCUUGAUUGUGAAGGCGAGUUAGAGCCAGAGAGGCUGAGCCUCGUGCAGCCGCCUUGCUGGCAACCUGUGAGCUAGAGAGGACUGCAUUACCCGCCCCAUUUAUCAGACGAGGGAACCGAGGCCCGGGAAGGUGAAGCAGCUGGUGGCUCCUCUGCUGAGCCUCUGCUCAAAAAACAGCACAUUCAACCCUCAUCAAAAAUAAGGGUGUGGACGGUAUUUACUGCCAUGGAGCGACACUGAUGAUAUAUCACUAAGUGAAAAGACAGUUUAUGGAACAGAUUACGGCGCCCACACCCAGGUGGUCCAGGUGAACGACUCCAUGUACGGUUUCAUCGGCACGGACGUGGUGCUGCACUGCAGCUUCGCCAACCCGCUGCCCGGCGUGAAGAUCACCCAGGUCACGUGGCAGAAGGCCACCAAUGGCUCCAAGCAGAACGUGGCCAUCUACAACCCGGCCAUGGGCGUCUCGGUGCUGGCCCCCUACCGCGAGCGCGUGGAGUUCCUACGGCCCUCCUUCACAGAUGGUACCAUUCGCCUUUCCCGCCUGGAGCUGGAGGACGAGGGCGUCUACAUCUGCGAGUUUGCCACCUUCCCUGCUGGCAAUCGAGAGAGCCAGCUCAACCUCACAGUGAUGGCCAAACCCACCAACUGGAUAGAGGGCGCCCAGGCAGUGCUUCGAGCCAGGAAGGGGCAGGAUGACAAGAUCCUGGUGGCCACCUGCACCUCGGCCAAUGGGAAGCCUCCCAGUGUGGUGUCCUGGGAAACGCGGCUGAAGGGUGAGGCGGAGUACCAGGAGAUCCGGAACCCCAAUGGCACGGUGACCGUCAUCAGCCGCUACCGCCUGGUGCCCAGCCGGGAAGCCCACCAGCAGUCCCUUGCCUGCAUCGUCAACUACCACAUGGACCGCUUCCGGGAAAGCCUCACCCUCAAUGUGCAGUACGAGCCCGAGGUGACCAUCGAGGGGUUUGAUGGGAACUGGUACCUGCAGCGGAUGGAUGUGAAGCUCAAGUGCAAAGCUGAUGCCAACCCCCCAGCCACCGAGUACCACUGGACCACGCUGAAUGGCUCCCUCCCCAAGGGUGUGGAGGCCCAGAACAGAACUCUCUUCUUCAGGGGACCUAUCAACUACAGCCUGGCAGGAACCUACGUCUGUGAGGCCACCAACCCCAUCGGCACCCGCUCGGGCCAGGUGGAGGUCAAUAUCACAGAAUCCUUGCCCUGCUCCCGCUGCAGACAGCACCCCACAGGCUCACACACCAGACCGGCUCCACCUCUGGGAGGAGGGACUGGUCUCAUAGGAGGACCAGGAUUCCCACGGAAGUUCCCCUACACCCCGUCUCCUCCCGAACACGGGCGUCGCGCUGGGCCGGUGCCCACGGCCAUCAUUGGGGGCGUGGUGGGGAGCAUCAUGCUGGUGCUGAUUGUGGUCGGCGGGAUCGUGGUGGCCCUGCGCCGGCGCCGCCACACCUUCAAGGGCGACUACAGCACCAAGAAGCACGUGUACGGCAAUGGCUACAGCAAGGCCGGCAUCCCCCAGCACCACCCGCCCAUGGCCCAGAACCUGCAGUACCCUGAGGACUCGGACGACGAGAAGAAAGCCGCGCCCCUGGGCGGCAGCAGCUACGAGGAGGAAGAGGAGGAGGAGGAAGGCGGAGGGGGCGAGCGCAAGGCGGGCGGCCCUCACCCCAAAUACGACGAGGACGCCAAGCGGCCCUACUUCACGGUGGACGAGGCGGAGGCCCGUCAGGACGGCUGCUACGGGGACCGGACUCUGGGCUACCAGUACGACCCGGAGCAGCUGGACUUGGCGGAAAACAUGGUUUCUCAGAACGACGGGUCUUUCAUUUCCAAGAAGGAGUGGUACGUGUAGCCCCGUCUGCAGAGCCCCUGCCCCAAGCCCACACCCGCACGCCCCCUGCCCGCCCCCCACCGUCCACUGCCCCAGGAGCUCGGCAGAGACUCACCCAGCUGCUCGGGGUACCUGGGAGCCCAGGGCACACGACCUGGCUUUGUUUUGAUUUCCUCCCUGCCCCCCCACCCUCCUCCCUGGUGUGUGUUCACUGUGGCUUCGGUGUUGCUGGUACCUUUCCUCCCCUGACCCCACCUGCCUCCCUCCGCAGGGAGCCCUAGUCCCAUCUUGUGUACCUAGAUGUCCCCUCCGGGGUUUGGGGAGACAGCCCUCCCCUGCCCCCAACACUGGAAUUUGUCUGUGUCCUCUCUCUGCGAGUGGAGGGCUGAAGGGGCUCCAAGAGGAGAAGCCCCCUGCCGCCGACCCCAGAUGCUGCUCCUUUUUCCCUGGGAGAGGGAACCCGGCACCCCCUCCCCCAUCCCACCGUGAGCUGGAGUUCGGACCCCCGGUCGAGGCAGCCGUUGAGCCCAAGGGGGAGGGGAGGGGGGUGGCUUUUCUGAAGCAUCCAGGGUUGUCUUUGUUGUUAAGGGAAUCAAGCUGAGGUCCCCACCUGAGGCCUUGGGCAGUGUGUUUACCUGGCAAGGUUAGUUUUACAUUUGUUUUCCUCAUUGGCCUCCAGGGAGUUAAGGUGGCCCAGCUCUGGUGUGUCCCUCCUCUUUACCCCAGUCUGCUGCCCACAUAGCGGGACUCCAGGUAAACUCUGGCCCACACUUCCCAUACACUUCUACCAACACGUACGCACACUUACACACACACACACACACACACACACACACACACGCCACUCGUGUCUACCCCUGUGCUCCCCCUGGGGUCACAUGCCUUACCCAGGCUGGACACUGCCCAAGGCCCACCUCUCUGCUCCACCUCUCCCCCUUCCUUCCAGCUGAGGAUGGGGGCAGCCUUCAGAAGCUUCCAGUGAGAGCUGACACUAGGCCCUUCGGUGCCUCCACCCUAGCGUCUCAGGCUGGCUCUGAACUGCUCCUUAUAGCAUGGAAGUUUCUUGAAUUUCUCCCUAUCAAUCAAGUGCUAGCAAUUCUUGAUUCUCUUGGGGAGUCAGAGCUGGGAUCCCAGAAGGGAAUAACCUCCAGGAGCUACAGGUGAAGGAGGAUCAAUGCAGAGGGCACCGGAGAAGGAAGCCUGCACAGUAGGAGCUCUGCAAACACAGGCUGAUAAGACUCUGCGGAGCGCAGGUAGCUCCCGGCCCACAAAGGCCGAUGCAGCUGCUCCGGGCCUGCCAGAAGGUGCGAGCGGAGCGGGGAGCCAGGGAUCCUGAGUCUGAAGCUCCUGCUUGCCACCCUCCCCGUCCCGCUUCAGCCAUCGCUGGUCUCCACUCUGGAUGAGGUGGGGAACCCUGGAGAAGCUUUCCCUUUGAGUUGCAGAUUCCCUUCCUGAAUGGGGCUCUGGGUCCCUGUCAAUCACCGGAGACUGAUGGUCUUCCCCAGGAUACCAUGGAGGAAGGCCCCGCCCAGCCCCUUAUUUGCUCCCCCAGCUCCAAGUGCCUCAGUUCCUCCAUUUGCCUACCCCAUCCCCCCGGCACUCUAGAUGGGAAAGACCCUGGGAUGGGAGAGGCAGGUUCAUGCCUGCCCGUGAGGAUUCCAGUGAACUCAGCCCAGGGUGCAGGGGCUCUGUGGGAUGGCAAGUGUUGGGGGGAAUUAGGCAGACCACUCUGUGCCCCACGGGCACCAACUACCCUGCCAUAGGCUUCCCAAGGGAGCCGCCAGCCUCCCGCCCUACUCCUCCCCUCCCUGGUGCUGCUAUGGGACCCCCAGCCAGCUCCAUCUCUGCCCUGGCAACCCUGGACCCGCCAGCUGGGUCACGCUCCUCCCCCCAGCCCCCACUGCCCUAGCCCCAGCCCAGACCACCCAGUAGCCACGUAGCAGAAGUCUGAAGCCAUGCCAGCCCUGGGGCGGUACUCCCCUCUCUUGGCAUUGGGAGUACUGGAUGGGGUGGAGUUGGGAGAAACUUCUGGGGUCUUUCUAGCCACAGGGCAGAGGGGGUGGAGGAGCUGGGCUGCAUCUCCCAGCAGUAGUAGUGUCCCCCCCCCCCACCCCAGGGCAGAGGACCUUUUCCAUGUUACAUCACUACCCCAUCCCACCUCACACCACCCUGGCCCCUCUGCUUGGUCCCCUUGCCCCCCAGGCAGGAGGAAAUCCCAGGGGCCUGCCUGAUAGAGGCAUUCUCUGUCCCCUUGAAAUCACAAGACCGAAAGGACUCUUCCUCUGUGUCUCCUUUAUCUGCACUGCCACCCCCUCUUCCUCCUUAUAUGAUGGACUUAGGAGGCCCCCGGGCCUAGCCAAAGCACUGAGUCCCCCUUAAGACACCUCCAAGCCCUCCCCUCCAGCAAAGCACAAAUUGUGGGGCCCACACCAGAUGUGUGGGCCACGUAGAAGGCUCCUGCCUUGGCAGGGACCCAUCAGCAGCGCGCCGAGCAGGGCAGCUGCUACCCGGGGCCAAGAGUCGGCACGAGGCCGGGGUCGGCACUUGGGCCUGGGGUGACAGGGUUUUCUGUGCCCCAAGUUUGUGGGGCGGGGGGUACUACUGCUGGGCCCAUAGCCACAGCCACUGGCACAGGGAAGGUCUGGCCCAGCAGAGAGACGAGGACGUCUUGCUUCUCCGUGCCCCCAACGUGAGCUGAGCUUCCGCCUUUGCUGGAAAUGAAAUAAACUUGGUCUGCAAUGUGCCAAGGCCUCCCCACUUGUCAUCCUGCCUCUUGUUGCCCUCCCCGUCCUUGCCCGCCCCCCACUCCC